AUGUAUCCCCAAAGCCUUUCCUCCUUGCUCUUUGCUCCUCUUCUCCUCCAGAUCAUUCUCGUCGGGGCACAGCGCUCUCCAGAUGGGACCUGUGGAUUGAUCAAAGCUGGCAACAACAACGGAUACAAAUGCCUCUACGAUAAGCCUUGCUGCAGCUCAAGUGGUUAUUGUGGAACGGGGGAUGCUUACUGUCUGACUUCGACGGGAUGUCAGUCUGCAUUCUCCUACCAGGCCAACCCCGAGACGCCUAGUCCACCUGCCUGCUAUGCACCUAUCGAUGGCCAAACACUCUCGCCCGAUGACACUUGCGGCAAGACUGGUGCUGGUGUCUUUGGUUACCGAUGCCACGAGCCGCUGCGUUGUUGUUCUCAGUAUGGAUACUGUGGCAACACUGUGGAUUAUUGUCAGAAAGUAAACGGUUGUCAGAAGGGCUAUGGGUUCUGUGUUCCAAAUGAUGCUUAG